AUGAUUCAGAAGUCAGUUCUUGCUCUCGCCGGCGCUCUGCUCGCUCAUAACGUUCUCGCUGGCGAACUUGUUCCCCGGACAUGGCAGGGCCAGGAGUACGGCUGCAGAUCCUACUUCGGCGAUGAUUGCUGGCCCAAGGCAGAAGCCUGGGCAAAUCUUAAUGCCACUGUGAAUGGGAAUUUGGCUGUCCAUGUCCCUCCUGAGGCGGUGUGUCACAACACCUUUGAAGGAACCCUCGGCAACAUCUCGACAUAUGAUGCCGCAAAGUGUGCUGAAGUAACUGCGAACUGGGACAAGGAGCAGUGGACGACCGAUCAACCCGGCGCCGUUUUAUGGAAAUACUUCACUAACACAACCUGUCUACCAACCCAAGACCCCACGCAGCCCUGCACCUUGGGAUACUACGGCGUCUACGUGGUGACAGCUACCAAGAAGGACCACAUCAAAGCCGGCGUCGACUUCGCGCGCGAGAACAACCUCCGCCUCAUCAUCCGCAACACAGGCCACGACUUCAUCGGUCGCAGUGUAGGCUGGGGUUCCCUCAUCAUCAACACCCACAGCUUCCAGGAUAUCACGUUCAGCGACACGUGGGCCGGUCCCGGGAACUACACCGGAGGGACCGUCACCGUCGGCGCCGGCGUGCAAGGCCGCGCUCUGCUCUGCGCAGCCAACGCCCAAGACCCGCCCCUCCUCGUCGUCACGGGCGAGUGCCCGACCGUCGGCGUUGCGGGCGGCCUCGUCCAGGGCGGCGGCCAUGGCCCGUUGACACCACUCCACGGCAUGGCCGCCGACAACGCGCUCGAGUUCGAGGCAAUCACUGCCGACGGAGAGUACGUCAUCGCCAACGCUGACGAGAACCCCGACCUGUUCUUCGGGCUCAAGGGGGGCGGCCCUUCGUCGUACGCCGUCGUCACAUCCGUCACCUUCCGCACGUACGCGGAAGAGAAGGCGGCUGGGGGCGUGUUGUACAUCAACAGCACGCUGACAGAGGACGAAGACGUGUUCUGGGAGGGCGUACGCGUGUUCCACAAGUGGUCGAACCACCUCGUAGACCACGGGCUGUACGUCUACUUUGAACUCGGUGCGAUGAUGCUCGAGGUGCAGCCUUUUGUGGCUGUGGGCAAGACGCAGGGCGAGCUGGACAAGAUUCUUGAGCCGAUGAUUGCGGAGCUGAAGGCGAACAAUGUGUCAUUUGAGCAUUCUACCAAGGAAUUCGCGACGUUCUUUGACUUAUACAUCGAUCUCUUCCAGGACGAGGAGGCAGGCAGACACACAUUGACUGGUGGAUGGCUGUUCGCUCACUCCGAUGUCGAGAAGCGCAAUGACCAGAUUGUCGACGCUUUCAAGACGGUGAUCAGUCCGAGGGAGGACUUGAAGGGCUUGGGGUACAUCGUGGGACACUUGUUCGACGCAGGACACAGCUGGCCCGAAGCCAACAGCGCGACGCACCCGGUCUGGAGAAACGGCACAGACUUUGUCAUCAGCGUUCUUUUUGUGCCAGUGGGUGCGACUUUGAAACAGAAGGCGGAUUUGCAGGAUGUUUUGACGAAUAUCCAAGACGAGGCUUUGCGGCAAGCCGGACCUGAUGGUGCCACAUACGUGAAUGAGGCCGACCCCUAUCAGGCUAACUGGCAAGAACAUUUCUGGGGUCCGCUGUAUCCUGCCCUGUUUGACCUGCGCAAGAAGUGGGAUCCAGAGGGUGUUUUAUACGCCGUCUCCACGCCUGGGACGGAGGGCUGGGAGGAGAUCGAGUAUGGUACGAGACUGUGCAAGAAGCUGUAA